AUUUGCCCCUGUCUACUGGAGACCGGGUCUUUGAUCGCAGGAGCAGUGACAUAGGGGGAAGCCAGCGAGUUUUUUUACCACUCCAAUCCCACACGAGCCCGCAAUGUCCAAGGCGCUCGAGUCUGCCGCAGCGUUGCCCGUCCAGCCACCCGCGGACGUGGUACCGCCGAAGAAGAAGCAGCCGUACCCCUUCUGGCUCGGCGGUGUCGCUGCGACUAUCGCCGCGUCCAUAACACACCCGUUGGAUCUGACGAAGGUGCGGUUGCAGGCGACGGGCGACAAGCGCAUGAUCGAGUCGAUACGCAAGACUGUGCGCACGGCUGGCGCACGCGGACUGUUUGAUGGCAUUACGGGGACGUGGCUGCGUCAGAUGUCGUACUCGCUAUGUCGCUUCUGGGCGUACGAUGAGAGCAAGAAGAUCGUGGGCGCAGGUCCUCAGUCGCCCGCAUGGAAGCUGGCCCUGGCCGGGAGCAUGGCCGGCGGCAUCGCUGGAUUGGUAGGGAAUCCGGGAGAGAUCAUCAUGGUCCGUCUGCAAGGCGACCUCGCCAAGCCGCCAGAAAAGCAGCUCGGGUACAAGAAUGCGAUAGACGGCCUCAUUCGUAUGGUGCGCGAGGAGGGAUGGUCGUCCCUCGGACGGGGUGUGGGACCUAAUGUGUUCCGUGCUAUCCUCAUGAACGCAAGCCAGCUUGCUUCCUAUGAUUUCUUCAAGGCUGAGCUCCUCAAGACGAGCUAUUUUGAGGAUAAUAUCAACGUGCAUGUCGCGGCAAGCUUCGCAGCCGGUACCGUUGCGACGACUGUGUGCUCACCGGCGGAUGUCAUCAAGAGCCGGGUCAUGAGUGCCUCGGGCAAGGACGGCUCAUCGACGCUACAGGUGAUCAAGACGUCGUUCCGGAACGAGGGUCCGAUGUUCAUGUUCAAAGGCUGGGUGCCUGCGUGGACGCGGCUGCAGCCGACGACGAUCUUGAUCUUCGUCACGCUGGAGCAGCUCAAGAAUCUCGUCGACUGGACGCGUGAGUUGCGCGCAAAGCAAGAAUAGAGCUGCCGUGUGCGAUGUCUCUAUCUCGCUGUCGGGCGGAAUUGCAGGACGAAGGACGAGGACAGUUGGUAGGAGAGAUACCGGCAGUGAAGCUGCGUUGUAUGAUGUCGUCUACGACGGUUGUACUGAUAUCCAAGAUUGUAUAAUCAGCCAUGAUAUCCUUUUCGUGAUCCC